AUGGUUGAGGGCAACUUCGAAACGGUGAAGGCCGAUGCCCUGGCACAGGUCGCCGCCGGCGCCACAAUGCUUGACAUCAACGCGGGAGUGACCGCUGUCAACCCGAACGAAACCGAGCCCCCGCUUCUGGUUAAAACCCUUGAGAUAGUUCAAGGACUUACAGACAUUCCUUUGUCUAUCGAUUCAUCCGUGACGGAAGCCAUCAAGGCCGGUCUUGAAACGGCCAAGGGCCGUCCGCUGGUAAAUUCGGUGACAGGUGAGGAAGAAAAGCUCGAGGCAAUCCUGCCGCUGAUCAAGAAAUACGAUGUUCCCGUGGUUGCCAUUUCGAACGACGAAACGGGUAUUUCGGAAGAUCCGGAUGUCCGUUUCGCGGUAGCCAAGAAGAUCGUGGAGCGUGCCGCCGAUUUCGGCAUCCCUGCGCACGAUAUUGUCGUCGACCCGCUCGUCAUGCCGAUCGGUGCCAUGGGAACGGCCGGGCUCCAGGUCUUCAAGCUGUUGCGUCGUCUACGCGACGAGUUGAAGGUCAACACGACUUGCGGCCUGUCCAACGUUUCCUUCGGCCUGCCGCACCGGCACGGCAUCAACGCCGGCUUCAUCCCGAUGGUAAUCGGUGCCGGCAUGACGUCGGCAAUCAUGAACCCGUGCCGCCCGCAGGAAAUGGAAGCGGUUCGUGCCGCCAACGUGCUGAACGGGACUGACCCGAACUGCCAGGAAUGGAUCAUGACAUACCGGGAUCACAAGCCAGCCGCCGCAGGUGCAACGGCAGCACCGGCGGAAGGUGGUGCCUCUUCCGGUGGACGCCGGAGAGGAGGCCGUGCAGCGCGGCUUUCUGCAGGCUGA